CAGUUUGAGAGACCAACAACAACAAACGGGAAAACAUAAAGUUGAAUUAUAUAUACAGGUUUCACAUUGCAAUCGUAUGCGUCGUAAGCGUACACUGCGGACAGCGCCAGAGACUGUUGCGGUUAGAUAAAGCCUUCACCCUUUCUUACUAUUUCUCAGAAGAGGAUGCUAUUUAGUGGCAAUGGCAUGCGAUAAAAGCGAAGCCGUGCAUCUCGUCGCUCCCGGCAACGACGUCGCCCCCGGCAACAACGUCGAGUCGCGGAACUGCGCGGCGACGGACGGGGAGACGACUCCGGGGAAGAUCGUGAUCGAGCGCGAGAUCAACGACGACCCGGCUCCGCGAUGCAUCAGCAAGUACGUGAACAGCGAUGGUACGGUGGUAUACCGCGUCGACACAGCCUCGCAGACGGACAGUCCAGGCGACGACUGGUGGGCGGAGGACUUCGAUUCCGAUUCGGAAUCCGGACGUCCGGAGAGCGGGCGUUCCGACUCGGAAGGAGGCGGCGAUGCGAACGAGGGAGGCGAGCGAGGAGGAGCGACGGGAGGAGGGGAGGAGGAGAGGGUGACGGACGAGGAGGAGGGUGCGAGAGAGGAGCCGUCCGACAAACUGAAAUAUGCGGGCGUCGCGAGAGAGCCCAUGUUGAUGGACCCGAAUCUACCUGCUGGCUGGAGCAGGAAAGUAUCGCAGAGGACCGAGGGAAAGUCGGCCGGAAAAUACUACGUCCGUAUAUACAGCCCCGAGGGAAGGGUGUUCCGCUACAAGUACCAGCUGAAGUCCUACCUGAAGAAGGUUCACUCUGACCUCAUCGCCGACGAUUUCGACUUCUCCAUCGCCGGACGACCCCUCAAGUCUCGCGGCGGCGGUGGCGGCGGCGACGACGACGACGACGACGACUCGCGCGUCAGGGAUCAGUCGACUAGAGAGAACCCGGCGAGGGUGAAGGCCGCGGGGAAGACGGAGAGCAAGUACACGAGGCUACAGAGGGACGUCGUCGUUACCGCGGCGACCGCGAUGAAAUGCGCCGGAUCCCCAGAGCCCAUGUUCAGUGACGCAAAUCUGCCGGAGGGUUGGACGAGGAAGCUGACGCAGAGGAAGAACGGAAAGUCCGCGGGAAAAUACGACGUCAUCAUACACAGUCCGGAGGGCAAGAGGUUUCGCUCGCGAUUCGAACUGCAGGCGUACUUCGACGAGAUCAAAUCCGAUCUGGUGGCAAACAGCUUUGACUUCACCGUUACGGGACGCGGCAACCCCGCCACUCCCCAGGUGGCGCCGGGGAAGAAGGCGAGCUCGUCGGAGGAAGGAUCCGACGCGGCGGCGGCGGCGGCGGCGGCGACUCCACAAUCCGGAAAGUUACUCGUGAAAAUGAAAUUCUCCGUUCCGGAGGGACGGAAGCGGAAUGCGUCCGACGAGGAGGGGAGCGCGAGUAAGAAAGCGAAGAGUAAAAACAACGGGCGGGCGUCGGCGGACGACGAUUAGCCCAGCGUUCUCAAAAAUGUUCUCCGCCCGCGUUCUCAAAAUGUCCGCUAGUGUUUUUGAAAUGUCCGCCUGUAUUUUCACAAUGACUACCUGUGUUUCCAAAAUGUCCACCUGUUUGUUCAAAAUGUCCACCUGUUUGUUCAAAAUGUCCGCAUGUUUUCAAAAUGUCCGCCUGUGUUUUCAAAAUGUCCGCCAGCAUUAUCAAAUGCUUGCCUGUUUUCAAAAUGACCGCCUGCAUUCUAAAACUGUCUGCCUGCAUUCGCAAAAUGUAUGACGGUAUUAUUAUGUGUGCCUGCAUUCUCAAAAUGUCUGCCCACGGUCUUAAAAUGUAUGUCGGUAUUGUCAAAAUGUUCACGCACAAAGUUGAAUGUGUCGUGCCAUCUGUUGUGUGGGUGCGUGCUUGGUUGUACGUGCGUGCGUGUGUGUGUGUGUUCGUUAUAAACACUAUAUAUCCGGAGAUUCCCAGUUCUCUCUCUCUCGCGCGCUGUCAUAGCUAAUAUCAUUUAAAUACGUGUGUGUGUGUGUGUGUCGGAGUAUGUAAUAGUAGGGUACUGUGUCUAGUACUGUCUACUCCCGCGAGUUACAAGGUAGUGUGUUAGCUUCCUCCUGCACGAUCGGCAUAUGUUACACGACAGUAUUAGCUUGGGUUGUGAGUCUGGGGACAGGCGAUUUGUACGAUAUACUUUCACGGUGGAUGUUUCCACAAACAUGGGCCAUACGUGUAUGAAGAUGUGUACUGUUUUCCUGCCAAACCAUGAUUAACACUGAGAAAAUGCUACUUACCAAUAGUUAUCCUAUACUCAACUUUUAUAUAAACGGGCAGCGUACUAUUGAGCCAAGUAAUGAUCAGUGACAGUAAGAUCACCUUGUCAUUAAUUAAAACGUCUUUACACCCGUGUGUGCUGAAAUAAGUUACAGUAUAUGUACUCGAAUGCGUAUAAGUGUUUAGUUCUUUCCCAAUAAACAUGGUUACUUUCCCAUUUUGUAUCAGUUAUCAUUGACAUUGUAAGACUAAAUAGUAGAAACCCUUGAAAGUUAUUCGAUUUCUGCCAGUCUUUUUUUUUAUUAGUAUAAUUUGGAUGCAAGAUGAUUACGAGAUUUCUCAUUUCUUUUCAAGAAUUGUAUCAUGGAUUAAAAAUCCAUUUAUACUUUAAUUGCAUGAUUGGGUAGUGGUUUAUCAUUCAUUUGAUGUAUGAAAAGAAAGUAUUGUCUGUAUUUUAAACACGUUUCAAAUAUAAUACGCUUUAUUAAAUA